GGUCCGGGCUUUCACCCGCAUCUACCUGGCUUCAAGCACAGGUUCCUCGCGAUCACACUCGGCGCGAGCAUGUGGUUCUUCAUCUUCUACCGUGCCAGGAAGGACGGUGCGAAGCUGUUGGGCUUGAGUCACCCGUGGGAGGCACAUGGACAUGGGCACAAUGAAGCCGGUCACCACGAAGAGCACCACUGA